AUGAUCACCCAUCACCGCCCUUAUCUUCGCUUGAGCCGAUUUGGGACGAUGAUGCUGGCGGCUCACCCAUUCCAGCCUCUCUCGAGACCGUGCAGGGCUCCUCCGCUUCACCAGCUGGCCCCGCCUCGACGGAAGAGGUGUCUCCCAGCCCCUUGGCUCCAGUUCCACCCUCGGCAGAGUCACCCGCUGCCUCGACAGAUGAAUCAUCCUCACCUUUGUCUCCCGUUUCCUCGUCCUCAUCCUCUACUCCACCAGCCACUGCUACUGCUCCUGCCGAGAAUCCACCAGUCCUCCGCCGUGGAGAUCGAGUAA